UGUUUACAUUCUGAAAAUUCAGCACGCGGAUGGAUCCCCCAACCCAAGCUCAUUAGAUUGAUUGAUGCCGUUCAGAUUAUAAUGGCCAGAGAAUUUUCCUGCUUUUGAGAGAAUCGAAUUCGUGUACAGAGCAAUCUCCUAAGGCUGAGGGGUAAAUAGUUUUUAUUAGAAUAAGAAAUUUUCCCUUUCUGAGAAGUGAGAUGGGAUUAUGUUUAUGAGAUCGGCCAAUACAAUUCCUCUACUGAUUAUGUUAAAGAAAGUUUAUUUAUUUACCUUCUUUGAAAAGCACAAGCUGCAGUCAUUACCCUGUAGAAGCUGAAACGUACAAAACUUCUCUUUUGUGUUGUAAUUCUCGGUGUAGCUGCGCUACAAUUACGAGGAUUUUUGUGCUUGUCUUGAAUUCCUCGUGCCUGGAAAGACCAUGCAGCCUUCUAGAUUCCUUUUGUGCAUAAUAAUUGUCUCAUCGAUUGCAUUGCUUUCUUCUUAUGUCUUCCUGCUUCAAUCAAGUAUAGGUCCAUUGCUACCUGGAUCGGUUAUCGGGGUUGUCCUUGUUAAUAAAACAUCAGUUUACUUAAGAUCCAACAGUGUUUAUACUUAUAGAGACAAUGAACUUCCUCCUCACUUGCCUUGGGCGUUUUCAACAAAUAGUAGAAAACCCAAGUCAAGCCCCAAAGUUAAUAUUGAUCUGGGUUCCAGUUCAAAGAAGGAAACGGGGCUUUCUGGACUAGAGACGAAGAAAACCUGUGACCAAAAUCAAGCUAAGCUCAGGAUAUUUAUGUAUGACUUGCCUACUGAAUUUCACUUCGGUUUGUUGGGUUGGAAAGGGAAAUUGGGUCAAAUAUGGCCAGAUGUGAGUAACCCCAAUAACAUCCCAUCAUACCCUGGUGGGUUGAAUUUACAACACAGCAUGGAGUAUUGGCUCACAUUGGAUCUUCUCUCCUCAAAUAACCCAGGUGUGGGGAGGCCCUGUAAUGCAAUUAGAGUACAGAAUGCCAGUCAAGCAGAUAUAAUUUUUGUGCCGUUCUUCUCAUCUUUGAGUUACAAUAGAUAUUCCAAACUACAUGGAAAGGAGAAAAUAAGUAUGGACAAGAUGUUGCAGAAUAAACUGCUUGAGUUUUUGAUGAGUCGGGAUGAGUGGAAGAGGUCUGGAGGAAAAGAUCAUUUAAUUGUAGCGCACCAUCCAAACAGCAUGUUGGAUGCAAGGAGAAAGCUUGGUUCUGCCAUGUUUGUGCUAGCAGAUUUUGGGAGAUAUCCAGUUCAGAUAGCAAACUUAAACAAGGACAUAAUUGCUCCAUACAAGCAUGUUGUGCGUGUUGGUAGCAACUAUGUGCCAUUUGAGGAACGUCCAAUCUUGAUGUAUUUUCAGGGAGCAAUUUAUAGAAAGGAUGGAGGAGUCAUUCGUCAACAACUCUACCAUCUUCUCAAAGAUGAAAAAGAUGUGCACUUCACCUAUGGAAGCCUUCAUGCAAAUGGAAUCAGUAAGGCAGGCCAAGGGAUGGUGUCGUCCAAAUUCUGUCUGAAUAUUGCUGGAGAUACACCAUCGUCCAACCGGCUCUUUGAUGCUAUUGCAAGCCAUUGUGUCCCCGUGAUUAUCAGUGAUGACAUUGAGCUUCCAUUUGAGGAUGUCUUAGACUACUCAGAAUUCAGUAUAUUUGUUCAAGAAUCUGAUGCUCUAAAGAAGGGGUUCCUACUAAAACUACUCGGAGGAAUUAAAAGAGACAAGUGGACCAAAAUGUGGGAAAACCUAAAAGAAGUUGAACAUCAUUUUGAGUAUGGAUAUCCAUCCCAGCCAGGGGAUGCUGUAGAAAUGAUUUGGGAGGCAGUGUCCCGCAAGAUGUCAUCCAUUCAACUUAGGCUGCAUCGGCAGAAAAGAUUCCGUCGAUUUCAGCUCAUUGGGAAGAGUAUGUAGCUGUAGGAUUAUAAAAUACCCAGACGAAAUUGUUUUUUAUAUAUACCACAUCUGCAACUAAUAAGGAAAUACUGGUGUUGAAAUUCUUGAGAUAGAUACAUGUAAAUUAAAUAUCUAUAGUAGCAUUUUCUUUUUCUAUCAUUUUCCCCUUUUCUGACUCCAAUUGUAAUUAGGAACAAGAUUGUUGUUUCAAAAUAUUUAUACACAACUGACUUCAAUA